UAUUGGGUGGGGUUUCUAAUCACUUCCUGGGCUCAGGUGAAUGCAAAUGGACUUUAGUAUCAUUCACUGGUUGUAUCAAUGAUAGAUAUUACUGCAUCAGUGACAGACUACCAGCCAAUAAGAGGAAACGAAUCAGCACAAGUGAUCAAGAUAUCACUGAUAUAUCAGAAUCACUGAUAUCUCAAAACGUCGAUAACUACACGCUAACACUAAAAAUAAAGAGCGGCCUUGACGUCAUUAACAUAUACUUACAUUUAAACAAUACUUCAUCAAUACCAAUUGGUCUAUUACCUGGUACUAGCAUUACUUGCUAUCACUUUGAACUGAAGCUAUCUAGCACUGGUAAUCCAUACUGUAUUCAAUCAGCUAUCAGUUCUAUUAAUAUUAUUAAUGAGGACACUUCUGUACCUGAUCAGAACUCACUGUCUCCUGUUAAAUUAUCAACGUUGAUUCAUAAAUCAAUGAGGAAGUCUCUCUCCCUUCAUAACAGGGUGACAGUAGAGGGACACAUUGCUUCAGUUCAGUACCUCUCCUUGAGGUAUUUCUGUAAUACUUGUAAGGUCAUCCUUGACGACCAUUACCAUAGCCACUGUAAGCUGCCAAACAUUGUCUUCGAAGCAUCUUUGAGGUUAUUAUUGGAGGAUGGUAGUGGUGAGGCUCAUUUAUACAUUGACAAUGAACUAGUGCCUGAAGUGUUGCUGAUAUCAACUGAUGACUGGAGGAGAUUAGUGCAAUCAGUUCAAACUAAAGGAAGUUUAGUCUACAUCAAACAAAAACAUAAUUUUCCUGGAGAUCCGACCAAUUCUUUGGAGUUAAAGAACUUGAUUAAUAGAAGAGAAGUAUAUCGUUACAUCAAAGCUAAUGUGAAGCCAUUUGUUAGUAAAGAUAAUGAACUAAAUGAAGGUGUUGAUUAUAGUCAGUGGUCAUUCAGAGUAGGAGCUCAAGAGUACUCCACUACCAGUUAUAAUAAACUACAAUUGAAACUGAUUUCAUUAGUACAUGCUGAUAUUGUGAGAGUGUGUAACACGUUAUUUCAAAAAGUAUUAUCAUAAUAA